CGGGUUGGCUGAAACAUAUAUAAAGCUGCUGCGGGACGCGUGCGCGCUCGCAUGUCGUAGAAUCCUUGACCGCACUGAAAGCACCGGCGCUUCACGAUGAGGGGUUCUAGCUCAUCCUUCGUGGUACUGCUGCUCGCGUCUUCGCUGGCGCUAGCGGCCGCAGCCGAUCGACUGCGUCGUUCCAGCAUCUUCGGCAUGGCGGCAUGUGUCACGAGAAAUGCGGCCGUUCUCCUUCCCGCGGACGGCCGGUGCGCCGCGGGAAAGCUUCAGGCCGCCUACAGCGCCUUGAGAGACGCUAACUGCAUAAACUGCGACAAGUACUUCCACUGCAUUGGCAACUACCGCGCCGUCUAUGAGUGUAACAACUCCGAGGAUGCUCGGCGCGCCGCUCAAGCGAUCAGCGACUGCCGCGAAGAAGCCGACAAUGGGGGAGCCGACAGUGCUGCCGACCAGGAGGCCAAUCGCUACGGACGAGGUGGGGGCGACUGUGCCCAGCGGUACCUGGCUGCGGUGCGUUGCGCCUACAAUCCGGAAACCAGGAGGUGCGGAUAAAGAGGCGAAACCAAGCUGCGAAGCCAUCCAUGUGCGAUCUCCUCAAAAAGAGAGCCCUCAAACGAGAAGUGUCCACUCAUAUCAAUAAAGCUGCUGCGUUUUAUAUUUU